GGUUGUUGUACUUGCUUCACCGUCACGAUGUUGGCUUCUCAUUUCGUUUCCAGAUCCACAUUGGCAAGAAGACUACUGGGAAGUUCUUAUAUAGCAGUCAGGUCAUGUCACCAUGGGAAGAAAGGUAGCAAAGUAGCAGUGGUUUUGUCAGGAAGUGGAGUUUAUGAUGGAAGUGAGAUCCAUGAAGCAUCAGCUGUGUUGGUGCACCUGAGUCGUGGAAGUGCCAAGGUAUCCAUGUAUGCACCAGAUAUUCCACAGAUGCAUGUUAUUAAUCACUGCAAAGGAGAACCAGUGGAUGGAGAAACAAGAAAUGUUUUAACUGAAUCAGCUCGUAUAGCCCGUGGUAAUAUAGAAGAAUUAUCCAAAUUAAAAGCUAAUGAUUUUGAUGCUGUCAUAUUCCCUGGUGGAUUUGGAGCUGCUAAGAAUUUGUGUAACUUUGCAGUAGAAGGUACUAAGUUAUCAGUGAACCCUGAUGUGGAAAGGGUUUUAAAAGAAUUUCAUUCCGCGAAAAAACCUAUUGGGUUGUGUUGCAUUGCCCCAGUCUUGGCAGCAAAAGUCAUAAAGGGAUGUGAGCUAACAGUAGGGCAUGAUCAAGAGGAAGAUGGGAAGUGGCCAUAUGCUGGAACAGCAGGAGCACUGCAAGAGCUUGGAGCUAAGCAUGUUAACACAAGUGUAACCGAUAUCCAUGUGGAUGACAAGAAUAAUGUUAUAACUACAGCUGCUUACAUGUGUGCAACAGAAUUACAUAAUAUAUUUGAUGGUAUUGGUCAAAUGGUCAGCAGUGUGCUUCAUAGAGUUAAAUAGACACAAUGGAUACUGGUAUAAUGUGUUUGCAAGAACAACUCAGAACCCUUCUUAUGAUAAACUUAUUUGUAUUUGUAGCUAAAACAUCUCCAUAAAUGCUAAAUUAGCUUUGAUGUUUAAUAACAAGUCAAAAUGAUCUUUGUAAUAUUAUAAAGUUAUGUGUUUUCCAAAACAGCUGAUUAAUAGUUUCCAAAUAAAAUAGAACAUAGAACAAGUUAUUUGCUUGAUCACCCUGGAAGAA